AGCUGCCAUGGGGAGAGUUUGACAUGACCUCCAAGAACUGCUGAUUUAAGAUCAGAGGUCAUGGCUUCUGGCUUCUUGGACCUGAGCCUCCAGCAGAGGAAAUGACUGUCAGGGAUCUUGCUCCAAAUCUGUUACAGAGACUGAACCUGAACCUUCGCAGGGUGCAGACUUGUCCAGGAGAGGAAAGUUUCUCUCUUUGAAAGGCUUUACAUUUGUAACGAGGAAAAUAAAGAUGACGACAUCAUCUAUCAGACGGCAGAUGAAAAACAUUGUGAACAAUUACUCAGAAGCCGAAAUAAAAGUUCGAGAAGCCACCUCCAAUGACCCAUGGGGCCCGUCCAGCUCUCUGAUGACUGAGAUCGCGGACCUGACCUACAAUGUGGUGGCUUUCUCAGAGAUCAUGAGCAUGGUGUGGAAGCGGCUCAAUGAUCAUGGCAAGAACUGGCGGCAUGUGUACAAAGCUCUGACGCUACUGGACUACCUCAUCAAGACAGGCUCUGAGCGGGUGGCCCAGCAGUGCCGAGAGAACAUCUUUGCCAUCCAGACCCUGAAGGACUUCCAGUACAUCGACCGUGAUGGCAAGGACCAGGGCAUCAACGUCCGCGAGAAGUCAAAGCAGCUGGUGGCCCUCCUCAAGGAUGAAGAGCGGCUGAAGGCUGAGAGGGUCCAGGCUCUCAAAACCAAAGAGCGCAUGGCCCAGGUUGCCACAGGCAUGGGCAGCAACCAGAUCACCUUCGGUCGUGGCUCCAGCCAGCCCAAUCUCUCCACCAGCUACUCGGAGCAGGAGUACGGCAAGGCUGGGGGAUCGCCAGCCUCCUACCAUGGCUCGCCUGAGGCCUCGCUGUGCCCCCAGCACCGCACAGGGGCCCCGCUGGGUCAGAGUGAGGAGCUGCAGCCGCUGAGCCAGCGUCACCCCUUCCUGCCGCACCUGGGGCUGGCCUCCCGCCCAAAUGGUGACUGGUCCCAGCCCUGCCUCACUUGUGACCGCGCAGCCCGAGCCACUUCCCCUCGGGUGUCCUCUGAACUGGAGCAGGCCCGCCCCCAAACUAGCGGAGAAGAGGAGCUACAGCUGCAGCUGGCGCUUGCCAUGAGCAGAGAAGUAGCUGAGCAGGAAGAGCGCCUCAGGCGGGGUGAUGACCUCAGACUACAGAUGGCCCUAGAAGAAAGCCGAAGAGACACAGUUAAAGUUCCAAAAAAGAAAGAGCCUGGUGCCCACCCACAGCAGACUACUCUGUUGGAUUUAAUGGAUGCCCUCCCCAGCUCAGGCCCUGUUGCCCAGAAAGCAGAGCCCUGGGGCCCGUCAGCUUCAGCUAACCAGACCAACCCUUGGGGUGGGCAGACAGCUCCAGCCAGCACUUCGGACCACUGGCCAUCAUUCGGUGCCAAGCCAGCUGCCUCUGUUGACCCAUGGGGAGUGCCCUCCGGAGCCAGCACACAUUCCAUCUCCAAGAGCUCAGACCCCUGGGCAGCCACGCAGCAGUCUGCCCCCAGAGCUGGGAAAGCAGCUGAUGCCUGGGCCGCAGCCUCGGCCGCCAAGCCUGUGUCCACCUCUGGGGCCUUUGAUCUCUUCAGUAAUUUGAACGGGACAGUUAAAGAUGACUUUUCUGAAUUCGACAACCUUCGAACUUCAAAAAGAACAGCUGAGGUGGUGGCCUCUCCGCCAUCCCAAAACAAUGGAACUACAAGCCCUGACCCCUUUGAGUCUCAGCCCCUGACCAUGGCUGCAAGCAAGCCCAGCAGCGCCCGGAAAACACCGGAGUCCUUCCUGGGCCCCAACGCGGCCCUGGUGAACCUGGACUCGCUGGUGACCAGGCCAGCCCCGCCGGCCCAGUCCCUCAACCCUUUCCUGGCACCAGGUGCAGCCACGGCUUCGGCCCCUGUCAACCCCUUCCAGGUGAACCAGCCCCAGCCGCUGACACUGAACCAGCUGCGGGGGAGUCCAGUACUGGGAACCAGCACGUCCUUUGGACCUGGCCCAAGUGUGGAGCCUGUGGCUAUGGCCUCCAUGACUUCCACAGCCUCACACCCAGUUCUAGGGCCCAGCAGUUCCUCCCUGACACCACUGGGCCCCACCCCAAUGAACAUGGUGGGCAUUCCCCCAUCAGCAGCUCAGGCCACUGGCACAACCAACCCUUUUCUUCUCUAGUGUCCGGGCCUGGGACCUGCUGCAGAGCGAAUGCCCUGAGCACCUGUGCCUGAGGACACGGAGCAGGGACUCUCGUUUGUGGAAUGGUGUCUAAGAGUUGGGGGUGGUGUUAGGGCUUUCUCGUUCUGGCUUCCUGAUAGAAGGAUCGUCUUUACAGCCUCGACCCUCAGAUUUGAGUGGCAGCGGGCUUGCUGAUACUGUAGACCCAGCACGUGGCUCUCCAAACCUUCCAGCAGCCCGCUUGCCCGUCCCCAGUCAGCGGUCCAUGUCUUGGAAGCGCCCUGACCCAGCCUGGCUACCCUUACCACCUCCUCCCAACUGCAGGGUCCUGGUUCCUGUGGGGGUCAGCUGGUUCGCCAGGGCCUUGGAUGAGGAAGUGGGAGUCCUGUGUUGCCCUUCCCCCUAGCCUCAGCCCAAGGGUCUCGGGGACACUGCCUUGUCCAGGAUUUGGGAUGACUGCUUCAUCUUUGCCCUUCACCCCUAGCCCUAGUGACACCUCAGGCAGUCCCAGGUGUGGACGGAAUGAAGUGCCGACUCCAUUAGACACUGACCUUUUGGGGACGUGGUUGUGUGUAUUAUAUUUUUCUUUGACUCGUGUGUGAGGUCAAAGUAAACACUACCACCGUGGAACAACUCUUGAAUUAAAUUCACUAGAGCAAGCUUUAAACUAAUCUGAGCAUAACCCUGCCACAUGGCUCUAUGCUUGUAUACGUUUGCACAUAUUUUGUUUAGUACAGUUUCAUAUUUGAGUUUGCAGAAUUAUCUAAUAGUCUUUUUUUGGCUAAUAUUUUUAUAACGUGGUUCUUAUUUAACUGUCUAGUUUUGAUAGAAUUUACCAGGUCUGGCUGAAUUAAGAUAUUGACACAUGUCAUGUUAGUAGUUUAAAUUCUCUUAUUUAUGGUUUUAACUCUGUAAGAAAAUUUAAAUAGGAAGAAACAAAAAAUGCCUUAUGGAAAAACUAAAGCAAAUUCUUUAUAGGAAAAAAUAUGGGAAUUUGAUUAUACAUAAAAGAUGAUGUUUAUUUAAAAAAAACUACAACAGCAACAAAAAAACUCUUAGCCUCCAGUUGCCUUUUCCUUUCUUUAACUCCCUUUUUUGGUGAAUUACCAACUGAUUGACUUUCAGCCUUUUUGGCUAGAUCCUAAGAGAGAGGCUAUUUUUCUUACUGAUAUACCAACCUCAAGAAAGUUAAAGAAAAAAAGCUAAUUUAAUGUAUGAAUGUGUCUCACUAGUUUUUAUCAGCUAAUUUCUUUUUGCAACUGAAGGCAUGCACAGAUUAACAAGGACUUCGUUUACAAUGGGAAUCUGAAAUGGAAGAGACAUCUUGGACCUGUGUGUCUGUGAUCUCUAUCUUAAUCCACACUCAGGGUAAAGAUGGGGAUAGUGUAGAGACGGCAGUUGUUUGUGGGGCAGUGGCACUUCUGUGCCUCUGGCUCCCUGGGGGUCUCAUGGCUGAGAAGGGGUGAGGAACCAGGGCUGGCCCUGACCCAUCCACCUGCUAACUCCAGACACACAUUGCAGACUUAAAAAUCAUCAUCUCUUAUUUUGGAGAGGAACAAAAAAAUCAUUUUCUCACAGAAUAGAUUUUUAACAAACAUGCACUAAUAUUACCUCCUCCCCACCUCCUUCCUUCCUCACCCUACCCACCACUACAAAAAAAAAAAAGUAUUAAAUCACUAAUUAAAGACCAGAAACAACAACUCCCCAGGGGAAGGGACAUUUCCCCCAAACCUUGUGUCUAGUCAGCUUGCCUCUCAUUCCACCGUGGACUUCUCAACUCGUAUCCCAAGGGCAGCUGACCACUGGGUGGUCCCUCUCGGGGAAUGGGGCCUCUCCAUUCCUCUCUCUGGCUUUAGGAGAUCUGACCCUGAGCGUAGGAGACAUGUAAAAUGCCAGGAGGGCAUGCAGGCUGAUUCAGAACUAUCUGCUCAGCCCCAUCUCCUAUUUCUUAUUUCAAAGCACUCUCCCCUGUUUUCCCUGAGUUCAUAACUCUGGCCCCAGGAGCCAGCUGCUUCUGCCAGAGCCGGAGACCUGGGGUUGAAAUGUGGGCUCUGAAGGCUGUGUCUGGCCUCUUCCAGAUUGGGGGCGGGUGAAGGCAGGCUGACUCUGGUAGGAUAUUUCCCCAGGGAGGUGCUUUAACUCAGACCAUGCCACCCUGCCACCUCCCAGGUCAUACUAAACUUGACUCCUUGGGUCGGUAAUUCUUUUGUAACUGUCAGGAGUCCUUCCUGCCAUGACUUUUGGGCCCCAGUAUCACAGCUACCAGGCCACUGAGGCCCAAGAAGACCCCCCUCUCUGCCCCGCAGCACAGGCCUGUCCCCAGGCACCUUGUCCCUGUUGCCUGCUGCACUGAUCAUGAAGCCACCGGCCACUGCCAUGUUGUACAGAUGCCAUCAUGUCCCCUCCUGAUGGCACCAUGGUAGGAGGUGUCACCUAGCCAUUUUCUCAGUCCCAGGGGCCAAUGGCUGGUUUUGAACUUGUGUUGACUAUUGAUACUUAUUUACUGUGUAAAUAUAAUUUAUCAUUUGUAUCAUAA